GCCGAAUAUUCGUAAAAUUGGUAAGAAAGAAGAGGGUCGAGGAUUCGAACUCGUGGGGCUGGCAAAAAGUUUCGCACUUUACCAUUUCCUUCUCUGCAGAAAUAACAAGCCCUACUCUCUCCCUUCGUUCCCUAGGCCAAGCUCGUCCGCGCGCCACCACAGAAGCUGACUUGGCUGCCGCCGAGGCUCCGCCAUUUGACACCCUUACCCAUUUCCCACUCCAGCAGGUAUAAUGGGUGUUUCAAAGUUGCCAUCUUUCAGCCUGAUCACCCCUAAGACCAAUCCUGACCAAGUUUUUGUUCCUUCAAACACGUCUUCUGUGUUUCAACUGAAGAAUCAUCGGCGCACCAGAAGUGUCGCCAUGGCUGCCUCCACCAUACCUGCAGAGAAUGUGAAUGAGGACAAGCAGAGGGUAACUGGAGAGUCAUUUAUUCGAUCGCACUUGAAAAAAUUGUCUCCUUAUCAGCCCAUUUUACCAUUUGAGGUUUUGUCUGCUCGUUUGGGAAGGAAGCCGGAGGAUAUUGUAAAAUUAGACGCAAAUGAAAAUCCCUAUGGUCCACCUCCAGAAGCAAGUGCUGUGAUGGAAGCUUUGGGGUCUUUGAAAUUUCCUUACAUAUAUCCUGAUCCUGAAACUCGUCGACUUCGAGAGGCCCUUGCGAAAGAUUCUGGCCUUGAGGCUGACUACAUUCUUGCAGGGUGUGGUGCAGAUGAGCUGAUUGAUCUUAUUAUGCGCUGCACAUUGGAUCCUGGUGACAAGAUUGUUGAUUGUCCUCCAACCUUUACAAUGUAUGAGUUUGAUGCUUCUGUUAAUGGGGCACAAGUAAUUAAGGUCCCAAGGAAGCCGGACUUUAGCUUAAAUGUGGAACUCAUAUGUGAUGCUGUUAGACAGGAGAAACCGAAAUGCAUAUUUUUGACAUCACCAAACAACCCAGAUGGGAGUAUAAUCAAUGAUGAAGACCUAUUGAAAAUCCUUGAGCUCCCUCUUCUGGUGGUGCUGGAUGAAGCAUACAUAGAGUUUUCAGGUCUAGAAUCAAAGAUGAAGUGGGUGAAGGAGCACGAAAACUUGAUUGUUCUACGAACAUUUAGCAAAAGAGCAGGUAUAUAUUGGUGGUUCCUUGCUCUGUGCACUAUGGUUGCAGGUUUAGCUGGACUGCGUGUUGGGUAUGGAGCAUUUCCAAGCGGUAUAAUUCAGUAUCUCUGGAGAGCUAAGCAGCCGUACAACGUAUCUGUUGCUGCCGAAGUUGCUGCUUGUGCAGCAUUGGAGAAUCCUGGUUACCUGGAGAUGGUGAAAGAUGCAUUGGUACAAGAAAGGAAGAGGCUUUAUCAACUUCUGGAGGAAGUACCCUUUCUGAACCCAUUCCCAAGCUACUCCAAUUUCAUUCUUUGUGAAGUUAAACCUGGGAUGGACGCUAAGAAGCUCAAGGAAGCUCUAGCAGACAUGGGUGUGAUGGUACGACACUAUGACAAGAAAGAACUGAAGGGAUUUAUUCGGAUAUCAGUUGGGAAACCUGAGCAAACGGAUACCUUGAUGCGCUGCCUAAACUCCAUUUCCUGAUUCUUGGCAUAUUGGCCAUUCCCUUCUUUACAAUUUCAGAGGUUGAUUUUGUAGCAGAAUGUUUACUUUCUAAUCUACAUUCUUGAUGAAUACGUUGUCAAGACCGAAAUCCUUGAUCUUUCAUUGCAAUGUUUACAAAACUGUAUCAAAGAUCGAACUUGUCGAGGCUUACUGAUCAUUCAAGGUAAUUAUUAUGAGUAAAAUUGUCAUAAACGAUAUACAAACUGGUCAUUAGUAACGAUUUAACUGGUACAAGUUACCAGUACUGCAAUACAAACACUCAAGAGAAGCAGAUUUAAUAUCAACAUUAGCAAAAACAAAAGCAAUUUCUUC